UAAAGAAGCACUAUAAUUAGUGAGAUUGACAGAGACAUUAACCAGUAAAUUCGCGUAGAGGUGUGGCUGAACGGUGUUUGGUGGUUAGAUUGUAGAGGUAAUUCUUUUCUAAAUAGUUAUCGUAUACUAACAUGGAGAGCGGGAAUGAAGGCGCCAAUUUUAAAAAGGAGACUGUGAGCAAAUUGAUGGCCAUGUAUUUUAAAGACAAGAAAACAAAAAUGUCUGGAGAUGCUGUACUUGCUAUGAGGGAGCUGCUGAGAGUUUUCGUUACAGAAGCCGCAGUACGUGCAGCUAGGCAGGCACAGUCAGAAAAUUCAGGUUUGGUGGACAUCGACCACUUUGAGAAAAUUUUGCCACAGUUGAUGCUGGAUUUUUAGAACAGAAUCAAGAUCGUGCAGAACUGGAAUGUGAUUCCUGUGGCCAGUGGUGGGUUUUAAUAGUUGGAAAUACAGAGGAAGACCUAUCUGAUAUUCAAAAAUCCCCUUGUGCAUAUUUGUGUUUUAGUGUUUUGUACUGUAAGUGUAAAUUGCUUGUAAAUAAAUAUUCCAUUUCAAAGUA